UCCACGCUGGCACCCGGGCGAUGCUGGCACCGCUGGGCCUCGUCCUGCUCCUGCUGGCCCUGGGUGGCCGCGCCGACGACACGGUGGCCGCCACCGUGGGCCGGCACAGCAUGGGCCGCAUCGCCGAGCUGCUGGCCAGCUCCGAGUGCCGCCAGCUGCAGGCAGAGCUGAACAGCCCCGCGGAGGAGCUGGAGGAGCCGGGGGCUCUCUCCGAGGAGGAGAAGCUCGCCCGCCGCCGCCGGGGCAGCCGCGGCGCCCGGGGAUGCUCGGAAGAGCUGCGGCGCUGGCUGGCGACCGCAGGAGAAGUGACCACCUGGGACCGCCUGGUGCGCGCCCUGCGCCACAUCGGGCGCUCCGACAUCGCCCGGGAGCUGGGCAAGAACCUGAACCAAGACCGGAGCCUGGAGCUGCGCAGGAACGUGGAGGGGUACCGGCGGAGCGUGCAGCAUCUCAGCUCGGCGCAGCUGCAGCCCGCGGGCCCGCGGGCCCCGAGGGCUCCCCUGGCCGGGGAUCUGCUCUUCGAGCGCCGCCCGCCCCCCCGCUACAGCCGCGGCCUCCUGGGCUGGGUCCGCCCCGUGCUCCUGGGCGUCCUGGGAGCCUUCCUCAGCUCCGUGCUCCUCGCCGCCGCCGCGAUGUAUUUCUGCCACUGGAGGAGGCUCCUGGGCGCCUGAUGCUGGCGCGGCACCAAGCCGGGCCGCUGCCAGGAGCCGCCGGAGGGAAAACGACACCCAGUAAAGCCUCGUGGGGGGAUUGGCAU